UCGCCACCUUGUGCCACGUCUCCGUCAUGCAACUUUGACCACGACAUGUGUGGCUUUACCUCAACGACAGUGUCCGGAGCGGGGUUUCUGAUGUGGAGAAGGGACAAACAGUUUAUUGGAAUACAAACAAUGGAACAUGGGUACUUGUUCAUCUCACAACUACCAACAUACUGACAAAGGACGGGGACGGGACUGAUUUGGUGAGUCCCCCGCUCUGCUACACUGGAACAACCUGUCUGUCGUUUGAUUACUUGCUGCCGGGACAAACCACUCUGGACAUCUUGGUCCAGACGGGGGGACAGACAUCUAAAGUCAUCGCAUUGCCUUCAACACAAAGAUGGACAGCCACGAACGUCUCUCUGCACGGAACAGCUAAUUCUAGGAUAAUCUUCAGGGGGACACGCGCCCAUUAUGGAUCAAUUGUAGCUAUAGCCAAUAUGACUGAGUACCAGGCCUUGCUGCUAAACGAACAAGACCUGAUCUUAGCCACGUCCCAGCGACUCGUCUUAAACGUCGGCGACCCAAGUAUCUUCACAGCGCCAUCGGUCCUUCUACGUCAGCUGGACUUCAUCGGGGACCAGAUGAGACUCCUUCAGAACCUGCAGGACACGUUGACGAAGAACAACGCGGAGAAAGUCCUCUUGCAGCAGGAGAAGGUCCUUCUCCACCGACAGCCAGGGCUCUUUCAGCUCGACACCUCGUCUUUGACUCCUGAGGAACAGCUGCUUCAUCAGGCCACCGUGCUGCAGCUUCAGGCCUCGCUGCUUCACAACGACGACAUCCUCACCCACAUCGACCACAACAUGACGACUUGUCUCAACCAGGAAAUGAUAACUAUUUUAUCACUUAGGGAAAAUUUGUUGCACUACCAGAGUAAUUUAAGACUACAAGGGUAAAUUUUAAAGGCGUACAGGAUAGAACUGUUAAUGUUUCACGUCCAGUUCCGGGUUCGAUUUCCUAUACUGAGUUUAGCCCAUUUUUGGUGGUGUCCCCCAUCCUUUUGUUGCUGGAAUGUUGCCAAAAGCGGGGUAAAACAAUACUCACCUCUGACCGAAAUCCGGUUCAUUUAUUUAAUAUAUUAUUGGAAUGAUAUGUUUCUCUUUGGAGAGCUACUUACUUACACAUAUAAACCACGUGAAACGCCACUUGACACGUGACUUAAAUGAGACAUUAAAAUUCAACUAUUUUGAUUAAGUUGAAAGUUUAAUUAUUAUACUACCGAUAUAAAAUAAGGGAACUAGUACUUUGAAUGUAGCUAUCGUUGAGGUGAACAUUUACACUACCGUUGCGUUGAACCUGAAUGCAACAUAUUGUUUGUUUGUUAGCUUGUUGUCUAGCGCCGCACCCCGUAAAUUAUAGAGUCGUGGCCAGAUAUUCUGGUGAUUGAUCGAUCUGCGCAUUUGGGAUAUGAUGAAAUGCAUCAAACAUGUCUGGCAAGCCUGAGCAUCCGGUCCCGUUAGCUGCAUUUUACGGCGAUAUCGAUAAGCAUAGUCGCCAUUUACAGCAAGCAUGGGUUGCUGAAGACCUGUUCUGACCCGGAUCUUCACGGGUAGAACGCAACAUCUAAUCACAAACAAUCACGAGAUUGUGGGCUGUCACCAUCCCAAGUUGUCCGAUGAAAAUAUUAUUGGCGACGUAGCGGCGAGGCUGUUGUUGGCGACGUAGAGGCGAGGCUGUUGUUGGCGACGUAGCGGCGAGGCGUAUACAGGGGCAACAAUUCUUGACCAUGAUCGGUAUGGGGCGUGUUGUAGUGGUGUGAGGCGGUAUCAAACUUGACAGCCGAACUGAUUUGGUUAUUGUGAAUGGACAUUUGACAAACAAGCGACGUGUUGAUGGAUUUUGUGACCCGUGAAGAUUCGGGAUAGAAUAGGUCUUCAGCAACCCACGCUUGCCGUAAAA